GUCGAUUUUUCUCUAGCUCCUCACCAUACAGCGUUCGUAACAUUUCGGGUGCACAGCAAAAAUCGCCAGUUGAAAACUUUAGCUCUUCUUUCGGAACAACAAAGCGACAAGUCGUCCGCCGACACCAGCAACAUGUCCGCCUACAAAAUGGAAACCGCACCCUUCGAUCCACGUUUCCCUAACCAGAACGUGACGCGCUAUUGCUACCAGUCGUACAUCGACUACCAACGCUGCGUGAAGAAGCGUGGCGAGGACUUCGCACCAUGUAACUACUUCAAGAAGGUCUACAAGUCGAUGUGCCCCAAUGCCUGGAUUGAGAAGUGGGACGAUCAGCGCGAGAGCGGCACAUUCCCGGGCCGCAUUUAAGAUGUAGUCCGCCAUUGAUAAAGCCACUAAUAAUACCACACACCCAGACAUACGCAUACAAACAUACCAACCAGAACGGGGAGGAUGUGAACAACAAUAGCAGCAGUGGCUGGUCUAGUAUUAAAAAAUGUUUUUAAACUACACCAACAAAAACAACAAAUACAAAGCAACAACAAUUUUGUUUAGUUAAGAAUCUGGUCGGUCGUUUGCUUCUUCAUCUUGUUGUUGUUGUUUGACGUCGCUUCUAAACUAUACAAAUUGUUAGGAACAAUUACAACAAAUACGAACACACACAUACUAUCGAUGUGUAAUAAUAAAAAC